AAUGCCCAUGGUGUCAAGGGCAACAUAGGUGACAAACAUUACAAGUGUUACCAUGGUCAGUGCAAAAUUCUGACCAUUACAAAGGCAAUGCGAAGUAGCCUCAAUGCAGGUCUUAUUGGUCACAUCAAAAUGCACUUCCUAGCCAUGUAUCAACUAUAUCUAUAUCUCAAAAAUCAUGAUGAGCCACCCACAGAGGAUGAGGUAGCAAUUGCAUCUGGUCAAAAGAUUCUUGACUCAACUCUGGCAGUUGAGUAUCUACUUAAGCUUCGAAAAGCUUUGAGCAGUAUUGAAGCUGAAUGGGAUCAGGACACAUUUGAGCGGCUUCUGGCUGAGUGGAUGGUCACAUGCAAUCAGCCAUUUGAAGAAGUCGACAGGCUU